AUGCCCGGGCAUCUCGGCUGCGGCGGGACGCGCAGACGCUUCCGUGAACCCCGCCGCGCGCAGGGUCUGCACUCACCGGGCCCCGCAGCCCGCGAGCCUCAGACGCGGGCUGCCGACGCCUCCGGCCCUCCACGUCAACCAGAACCGCAGAGCGAGCGCUCAGCCGCUCCAGAGGCGGGCGGGUCACGUGACUUUGGCGGUGCGCAUGCGCGAUCGCCGCGCCGCCCCCUCAGCUCGGCGGGAUUGUCUAAAGCCACAGGGAAGAUGGUGGAAAACUCACCGUCGCCAUUGCCAGAAAGAGCGAUUUAUGGCUUUGUUCUUUUCCUAAGCUCACAGUUUGGCUUCAUACUAUAUCUUGUGUGGGCCUUUGUUCCUGAAUCUUGGUUAAACUCUUUAGGCUUAACUUACUGGCCUCAAAAAUACUGGGCAGUUGCUUUGCCUGUCUACCUCCUUAUCACGGUUGUAAUUGGUUAUGUGCUCUUAUUUGGAAUCAACAUGAUGAGUACCUCUCCACUUGACUCCAUUCAUACGAUCACAGAUAACUACGCUAAAAACCAACAGAAGAAAAACUACCAAGAGGACGCCAUCCCAGCAUUAAGAGACGUUCCCAUUAGUGAAGUAAAUAAAAUGUUUUUCCUAGAAGCCAAAGAACUCAAUACCUAAAACUGAGUUGUAUAUAAACGUCCUAAAACCAAACAUUUACAGUUGUGGGCUGAAUAAUUUUGAGCAUAAUUAUAUUGGCUGUCCUUUUAAUACCCAAUGUUGUUGACAUGUAAAAACAUGAAAGUUGAUUCCUUAGAUUGAGUUCAAUUGAUAUUGUAAAUAUCUUCAACUGAGUUUUUAAUUGACGAUAAAUAAAACCACACAUUAUGUGAUAAUCAA